GAGACCGUCUCUAAGGAGAAUUCUUCCGAUAAACAAAGCAGUUCUUGGGGAUGUCUGGGUAAUUUGUUUUGUAGUGUGUGUAGUUCGGAGACUGUCUGCAGAUGUUAAAUGAUUUGCUUUGAGAGUGUUUCUGGCUGUAGAAACUUGGGUUCAUCUGAGCCCGACAGAGCGCACGAACGUCUCCAAUUUUCCGAUAUUGCUGCGCGUGGAAGGGAGUGCGCCGGCCCGUAGCAACUGAUGCCGUAGCCAUAGUGAUCGCUCUGCCUCUCGUCAACAAAACAGAGUGAAUGCUUGUACGGCAUCAGAAUGGGCCUUUCUUAAAUCCACACUAGAAGACAGCCACACCGCCGUCCGGCUUCGUUGGCGUUACUGGAAACAGCUUCAAGAUAUCAACCCCGAAUACCGAGUGCCUAGUCACUCGUAGCGUCGCACCUAAGGUGGUGGUGGUGUGAUGACGACUGCCAGCGGUGGCUACGUCACAGAAAUGCCAGCAGCAGCAGCAGCAGCGGCGGCGGCGGCGGCAGCAGCCUCAGCUGCAGCUGGAACUUCGUCCUCACCAACAUCGUCGUCACCGUCGCCCUCGGAGAACGGAACCUCAACGCGUACCUCAACGGCCUCGUCGUCUUCGCACAGCACCCCCGUCAACUCCGUCACGUCUAUCACUGUGACGAACUCUUCGCCGUCUCCGCUACUGACGAUCGUGUCCAAUGUCCAGGGAAGUCCCACCAGGGCAGGUAGCGCAUCUCCUUCGGGUAGUGUUGGUGAAGUGUCUAUGAGUGGUAUGGGUGUCACCACCACGCACAUCACUGCCCAGGUUGUGGGCACGACUUCUGGCUCCAGUUCUUCAACUACAUCGCCGACAGUGUCUUUGCCGAAAGGAACCAUCAUCGCGGAUAGCCAUAUCAUCAUCAAUGCAGAGAGCAAUGCCUCGCGUUCCUACACCUCACUUACCCCUGUCAACCCUAGCCUAGCAUCGGAAGGCGACGGGUCUCUGGAUUCAAGCGGCGGCGUUGGUGUCCCGGGGGCUUAUGUCCAGUAUGUAGACGUCGAGCCAGAUCCUCUGUAUGCUUCCACUAAUGGACAGAUGGCUUAUCCUGUCUACACAGUUGGUGAUACUACCAUGUACACAGCGACCACUUAUUAUCAGCCUGGUUCUACUACCCCGGUUUCAUACUCUCAGGAGGUCGCAAAUAGUCCAGUGAGUGGGCAGAUCUUAACUUCAGGUGGUAGCCCAUAUGUUAUUCAGCAAGGUGUAGAUGGAGAAGCUCAUCCUCUCUUAAGUACAACUCGAGCCUCCCCACAGACUGACGAAGGCGUGACUUAUAUGGUACAAUGGUUGCUGGAUAAUUAUGAAACUGCUGAUGGUGUUAGUUUGCCCCGAUCCACUUUAUACAAUCACUACCUCCGUCAUUGUGCUGACCAUAAGCUUGACCCAGUGAAUGCAGCUUCUUUUGGCAAGCUAAUACGCAGUGUUUUCCUUGGGCUUCGUACCAGACGCCUUGGCACAAGAGGUAAUAGUAAAUAUCAUUACUAUGGAAUUCGUCUGAAACCUUCUUCACCUCUUGUAAACAUUUCUGAUGAUGGUAGCCCAGUUUCUUUAAGGCAGCAGGCAUCAGGAAACCAAAUUAAGAAAAAUCAAACUCUCACUCAACAAUCACAACAGCAGCAGCAAAGUCCUGGGACACACACUCAGCAAGGAAAAAGUGUGUCUUCAAGUGUCCAAAAGCAGAACAGUGACUCUCAUUAUGAUUCACAUACUCAGGCACCUGCCGAAGCUUCUCCUCAGCUCAAUGGUGAUAAGAGAUUUAACUCUCCGAAGUGCUGCAUCAUUUGGAUCUUUUCAUUUGAUAAGACUUUUGUAUGAUGAGUAUAUGUUCUAUCUGGUGGAACAUAGAGUAGCCUCGUCACUGGGUUUGACUCCAAUAGCUGUCAUAUCUCAGGUUCUAGGAGGUGGAAACUAUAUUGUGGUUAAUGGUGAAAGUGAUGCUAACCACAGAUCUGAUGGUGUUCACCAAUCAGUCAAGAGGCUCAAGUAUGAGGCAUCCUAAUUAUCCUUGUUGGUUUUUGAUGUUCAAGGAGCACGGUGCAUGCAUAAUUAUAGUAAUCUCCAUUAUACUGUAGUCUUAACAUCAUCACGGCAACCCCCCUCAUCAAGUGGCGUUAAAGACAUGAUAGACGUGUGUUCCAAGUAUUUGAGUGGAUUAUUUAUAAAAUACAAUGCCUAUACAUGUAUAUCUUAGUUGCAUUGAAGAGAUAAGGAGCUGGAAACACUUGUUCAACAUGGCAGGUCUAGUCAGUAUUAUUGCAAGAAAAUUUACUGUGCAUUUUCUGUACAACAGUUUAACAAUAGAGUACUACUGUACUAUACUGUACAUUGUAUGAAAUAGAAGUAUAACUAUUUGUUUAAUGACUAUAGUGUGUUUCCAAAUUGCAAAGAGUAAUUUGCCAUUAUGUAUGAUAACUACAUUAUUCAAGACAGUAGUUCAUCUGCCAAGUGCAUUUUUUAAUUGAAUGAAAGAUACUUAUACAUAUCAAUCUGUAUUAUUUUUGGUUACAGUAUAAACAGUUCCUAAAAGUUAUUGACAGGUAAUGAGAGAAUGGUAUUUGCACAAUAUUCAUUAGGUUAUUGUAUGAAAAGAAAAAUUUGUUUUGUUUUACAUAAACACUAUCUUGUGAGAAUAUUGGCAAGUUUAUGGUGCAUCAGAAUUCUGUAAUGUUUAGGUGAUUGAUUUGUCAUCAUAGUCCCACAAAUGCUUUCUACAUGCUGAGGAAAAUAAUGUACUAUAUUAUUUAGUGCAAUCAAUGCAGACUUCCAUAUAACUGUUUACUGAAUUUUUGGAAAGUAAUUUUGCAGAAAAAUGAUUUAAUAUAAUUUGAAAGGAAAGUUUUGUGGUUUUACAUCUAGAGUUUUAUUUUAAAAAUUAGUCAAGGAAGGCUGAAUGUCCAAUUUUACUUUCAUUAGGUUUUGUAAUUUUUGAGGCUAAAGUAUUCUUAGCAGAGAAAUACGGUAUGUUGUAUACAGAUACCAUAGAUGAAAAAUAUAUUUUUUAAAUUAUAUAUGAAGUCAUGUAGCUUUGGCUAGAUUUAUUUGUAUUGCAUUGUACUGUUUUUGAACCCCGGAUACCUGAAAUUAUCUACUUUUAGAGUGAACCCAAGAGUUGUCUCAGUUUUGGUGCCAAACCACUCUAUGACAGAUAUGUUGCUCAGACACCAGUUUGGUUAUGGUUUUGAAUUACACAUGCUGAAAAUCAGCAGAGAGGAGCAAUUAGUACUUAGAUACUAGUGUUUUAACAACCAGGUUUGUAUGCAAGAGUCUAAUUCAGACUCUUGCCCCAGACUAUUAUUUCUUUGCCUGGGGGAAUUGUUGGUAUCAAAACAUACUCAAAAUUGUAUCAUCAUUUCAAGUUGAUAAGUAAAUUAGCUAGGCCCAGUUCUCUUCCAUUGUCUUUAUAUGAUGAUUUGAAUGUGGUUUUGAUUUCUAUUUAAAUUUCAGGCCAGCCUUAUACUUGGUGGUUUGAUUGAAGUAUUUAAUAUUAUUAAAUAUUCAUGGAGUUAGGAGGAGAGUAGGAUUGAGCUGCAUUCCCCAUCACUGAUAAGAGUAACCAUCACUUAGGAAUGACCUACUGUGAGACUUGGAAUUUCCAUAAAACUUACAUUUGUAGAGAAAACAUACGUGGAGUCUCAAAGCAAUAGGUGAAUGUCCACAUAAGCCAGUUGAUAGAGUAAAAAAGUAAAAUGCAGUAAAAAGAUAUCAGCUUCAAUCUUGCCAAGUAAAUUAUAUAAUGUAUAAUUAAUUGUCUUUAUUCCAAAACAUAAAAUUCAUUAUGCCGACUGAAAACAAUUAAUAAAAAAUGUCAUCGCCAGUUCUCCCUCCAUUCUUCUGUAAAUAUUGUAAGGUUCCCAAUUUUCUAACAAACUGGUACAGCAAAAUGAUUCACUUUGAAGUCUAUUAGUCAUCCAAAAUGAAAAAUUUCAUUGAGAAAAUAACUUCAAAAUGAGCAGUGACUUACACGCUGAAGCCAGCUCUAUAAAGCUAGAAAAGAAGUAAUGCAAGAUAAGAUCAUAUCAUGUAAUUAUUUUCUCUCUUGUUGAGAAGGUAUAGCAAACACUGUUAAAAAAUAGCAAAUUUUGUCAUUUUUCUAGACAAGUUACUAGAAAAAUGUAAUGAAACAUAACUUUAUGAAUUUAUUCUUUAUGAAUAUGAUAUGAAACACUGAAAAUUUUUUAAAUAUUGAAAGUAAGAUUUUAAUAAAACAAAGUAAGAACACGAAUGAAAUUGAAAGUCAAGCUUGAAUAAAUUGUUUAGUUUUUGAAAUGACAAAAUGAUUUAUGCUAUGACCAAAAUCAAUUAACACAGAUGGGCUUUGUAUGUGUAACAAUGUUGUUCAUGGUACCUUAAUUAUUUCUCAUAUAAUAUCAUGCAAAAUUCAGGAGAGACCUUUGCUAUGCUGAAAAUUCCAUGAUGUUUUCAUUAACUGGAAGUUUGUGUGGAGUAAUGGAUAAAUGGCAAGUGCUCAGCUCACACUGCAAUAGUAGUAUACAGUCAAUAAUGCAAAUAAAUAAAAAAUACCACAAAAACCCAAUUUAGACCCCAAAAUAGCAGAUCUUCAUUCAAUUCAAUAUAGCCACAGAAUACAAAAUUCAUGUACAUAAUCAAUACUGUGACUAUUUUAUCCAGUACAUUAUAAAAACCAUGUCAUGGUUUUUAUAAUGUACUGGUAAAAGACCAUGAGAAAAUUAGGCUGAUGACUAAGAUGUUCAAAUGGGUUUCCAGUUUAAUGUUUAAGCCAGUACUAUAUAAAAUCUACAUUGAAACAUAUUUUAUGUACAUAAAUUUCCUGACAAAAACCAACAAGAAGGGAUGCAUUGGACAAAUAUCCGAUUUUAAGAAAUUUGUCAGUCUUCUUUAUUUUAACCUAAUCUUAACUAGAAGCGAUGUAUUGAACAAAUACCUGAUAAAGAAUUUUGUCAGUCUUUAUUUUAACCUAAUCUCAGUAUAUUAGAUUUGCAAGCUGCACUUUGACUCUCAUAUAAUGUUUAAUCAUUAUGAUAAGUCCAGCCAUAUAAAGGAAAAUAAUUUUCAUCAGUAGACUGGGUACAUCGCUUUACAAUUAUCAUUAGGAAAAUUUAUGGAAAACACUGCUUAUUCUUAAAUGAGCUCAUUGAUAAUUGAAUAUAGAGCAAUUUAUCUAUGUACUAUUACUCUCAAGCAUUAUUAUAUUUUAUGAACCUUUAGUUAAGACAACCCAGCUGUUUCAACAUACUUAAUAAAAGAGCAGUUUUUGUUAAUGAUGGUUUGGCACUAAAAGUUACAGAUGGUUCAACCAUGAGUUGAGUAAUUUUUGUUUAUGUUAUUCUCGUACACGUGUAUAGGAAAUAUCUGCCUUGGAUCAAAAAUGUUUAAAAAUGGCUGAAACUACUUAGUCAUUAUAAGAUAGUAUUUAUCUGCUCACUUCAUUCAGGCUCAUUUUCUGAACUUUUAAGUAUAGUUUUGUGUUUAUAGAAUUGACUAAAAAUUUAAAAGGAAAUAUUCCUGCCAUUUGAUAAAGUAGGUAAAUUUGAUAAUUCAACAUGAAACCAGAGUGAGUCUAGUCGUCGCGUUAGGUAUAUAAGAAAUUUACUACGAGGUUAAGGUGAAAAUUCAUGUUUCACAGCAUUUACAAAAUGUCCAGUGUAUGAUUUAUAGACUUACUAAAGCUAACUGACAUUGUUUAUCAUGUUAUUUGUAGAUAGCCAGAUUUACAACAUGAUGAUGUGGAGCAUUACUUUCAAGACAGAGUGCUUUGGAAUAUAUUUGCAGUUAGAUCUUUGCACUCUAGAGUAAAUAUCUUCUAGGAUGUUUCAGAUGUUGUGCAUUUAUAUUUUUAUACGAGAGGAGCAACUAGUACACAAUGGAAUGGUGCUGGUCGCUGUAACUUAUUUUUUCUUGAACCAGACUUGCCUGAAAGGGAUUACUGUUGCCAUGAGUUAGGGAUAACUAUCUCUAAACCUUGCUAUAAUGUCUGGCAAUGGGGGAGUUAGUUCAAAGAAUGACUUUGGAAGUUGUGUCCUAGUAUGUCUGGUUUAAGAGAUGUAGAUGUAAGAUUGCUUAUGUAAAGAAGUGUGAUGUGUCUGCCUCUCCUGGAAUUGAACACUCCGAGCCAACCCUUUCCUGCAGGGAGACUGGACAGCAGGAAGUACAUUUCCAGCUCACCUGGCAAACUGUGGUAUUCUUCCUGUAUGUUGUUUUGCUCAAUGUCUCCAUCCAGAGGUGAAGUCUAUGGAGGAUUGUGCACAAGACCCUCUCCUCCUGAGGCUCAGUUUAGAAAACUAGAAAUUAUUUUUCUUCCAAAUGACUUGCUUAACAAGGAUGGAGUGAGAUACAAAUUUGAAUAUUAUGUUUCUGUAAACAGUUUGCAUCAGUAUUAUGAUAAUGCUAAUAUUUAAGAUAGCUUGGUGGCCAGGACAGGAUAUGAGACAUUUGUGUGCAUCAGAGCACUGCAGACUUUCCAUGACUGAUAUGGUUAUAUCCGUGUGUUGUGUGGCACCGCGUGGCUUCCAGGUCCCAUAACCUGUCCUGGUCCGUCAGAGUAAGGUGAACAUUUCAUGUAACUGUUAGAUAAUAUUCUUUGGAAAUGAUUUGGGUCUUUUCUGCAUCUGAACUCUUAUGUACCACAUCAUUCAUAAGUGCCAAUAUCAAGCUGAUAUCGGCUGAAAGUUUACAUGACUAACCAGGGUAAUAAAUGAUACUGUACAAUUCUUUUUAUGAUCAUGUAUUACUUUGUCUCUUUGAAAACAAGACUUUUUAAUAAAAUCUAUCCAGCAAAUCAUAGACAAUAUCUCUAUAACAGACUUAAAUGUUGAAUGUGAUACUCUGUCGUAGGUAUACCAGGCCUUUUUUUUAUAUAUAUAUAUAUAUAUCCUAAUCUCAGAUGAUAAGGUCUGUGGACCAAGAUUAUAAAUAUAUGUUUUUGUGUGCCUAUUUCUCAUAAUGAUUGAUUAAAGGAAAAGUUGACUCACAGGUAGCCAAUUAAUGUGUGAUCUUUCGAAAAGAGUUAUACUCUUCAGAAUUAGUGUGUGUGUGUGCGUGCCUCUCCUGCACUGUUUGAAGUUCACGAGUGACAUGUUGGUACAAAUAUUUUAAUGUUCGUAAGGUUCACAACCAAAUGGUCACAGGUUGCUUUUUGUAUUGUAAUGUAAAGUAGACUAUUGAAAUUUUGUAUUUCUUUAUUAUGUAUGUAAGAAUUUAUUUUAUACAGUGUUUAUUAUAUUAUCAGAUAACAAGUGAAGCAAGAUAUGGAUGAUAGAUCCUCAAAAUGUAAUUUAUUUCAGUGUAUUUAAUGGAAGAUGAGGUGUAAUCGUUGACAGCUGUAUUACAUCUGUUCUGAAUAUAUGUUAAGUAAUUCUGUUAUUUGUGUUAGUAUGAGGCUAAGCUGCAUUUUGUGGCAAGUGAAACUAAAUUUUUACAAUCCCUGAUAUACCUUCAAUUCAGUAUAACAUGGUAAAGUUGUUCAGGUGUAUUUUAAGAAAUAUCUUAGUGUCAUAUUUUUGCACAAAAUGCACCUUUGUUCCAUUCUUAUUUAUGUUGAUUGUAACACAAGCAAAAAAAGCAGGUUUGUAGAGGAUUUCAUCAACAUAUGGGCAAGGGAUUGCUGGCUAAUGUUGUGUGAUGGAAUUGAAAACUAACUUUUUUUUUUGUCAGUAACUGUGCCUAAAUCAAUCCCUUUAACCCAUUGUGGUGAUAAUCCAUGUCUUAAUGUUGUUCAGAAUGAGUAAAAGAUAUGUUUUAUAUGUUUGUUUUGUAUGAUGUAUGAUUAAACAGGGAAAGUUC